GGCAGAAUGGCCGAAAGACGUACCGUACCAUCUGCUGCCGUUCCUCAGGAUGAAUAUCUCGAACUGGACGACGACAUUUUCAUUCCCUACCAGGAGAAGGUAAGACCUCCUCUCGUCGACGACCCGGGCCACUCCACAGGUUCAGCAGAGUGGGUAGAACUCCCAUUGGAAUCGGACCCAAUUCCACAACAGUCCGGCCGCCAUAUUGAAUCAACAUUGACCAAAUUAUUAAAGUUAAAUAACAUAAGACUGGGUCAUGGACAUGAUGUUCAGAAUGAUGAACACAUCACAGAGUCCCAGGGAUUGGACGGUAGCGACUCCGAACCCGGGAUCCAUGGUGGUGCGUCUGGGUCAAGUGGGGUCAUCGGUAGCCGGGUGCGAGUAAGCACGCUAUCGUUGGAUAGUCGAGACAGUGACAACAACAGCGACUCGCCAACCAGCCCGACAAAGGGGGAGACAUCAUCAUUAUUACGUCGCGACUCGUCCAUUUUGGAUGGUCUCUUGUGUGAGAUUUACGACCGAUGCCAACUCAACUCGCGGUACAGUGUCGAUAGCGAUGGUUUAACUGAGUAUUCGAGCAACUCGGAAGGUGCCUACCUUAGCAGUAAAGGAGACAGUUUCCAAGAAUCAACGCGUCUCCCCAAAGCGCAAAUCAACACUAAAUGUAACAGCGAACUGAGGGACAUGGUGCGAGAUCUACAGCACAGUGUGGCGGUUCUUUCUGGUCGUUUGAUUAAGCAGCUGAAGAGACGUGAUCGUUACAUUGCGAAGCUCAAUAAAAAUCAAGAUGUACUGACUGCGGUACUCCAAGCUGUGUCUCAGAAAAGACGUGUAGAUGCCAGACUGAAAUUCAGUAUCGAGCCCCUCCCAGGAAAAAGAGCCUUUCGUCAGUGGUACGACGCCUUACGUGCGGUAGCCAGACUCCCCAAAGGGCUCCCUCAUGAGUUUCGUAAGUCGGUGUGGCUAAGUUUAGCCAAUCGUCAUAUCAAACAUCUGAAGUUGGACUGGCCGAAAACAGUGAGGUUUACGUUCAAUGAUCGAAGCAACCCGGACGACGACACCCUCGGAGUCCAGAUUGUUAAGGAUUUACAUCGUACAGGUUGCAGUGGUUUCUGUGGUCAGGAUGCUGAAGAUGAUCGUGUUGUACUCAAGAGGGUCCUCUUAGCUUAUGCUCGUUGGAAUAAAGCCGUUGGGUACUGUCAAGGAUUCAAUGUACUGGCUGCAUUCAUACUUGAGGUUAUGGAACGAGUGGAGGACGAUGCGUUAAAGGUGAUGAUAUUCCUCAUUGAUCACGUGCUGCCAGACAGUUACUUUGCUAAUAACUUGAGGGCGCUCUCCGUGGACAUGGCAGUGUUCCGUGAGCUGUUGCGCUUCAAGCUACCAGAGUUGGCUCAGCACCUUGAUAAACUCCAGAAGACUGCCAAUGAUGGCAUGUCAGGAAGCUAUGAGCCACCGUUGACCAAUGUCUUCACCAUGCAGUGGUUUCUCACCCUGUUUGCAACCUGUCUUCCCAAGUCCUUAGUACUCAGGGUAUGGGAUAGCAUCUUCUUGGAAGGCUCUGAGAUUCUGUUACGGGUUGCCUUGGCUAUAUGGGCCAAGCUUGGAGAUCGAUUGAUUGAAAUAGAUAGUGCUGAUGAGUUUUAUAGCACCAUGGGCCAACUGUGUAAUCAGAUGCUGAAGGGAAACAUCAUUGAAGGAGAUGAACUCAUUCAGACGAUCUACUCCAUGGCGCCGUUCCCUUUUCCUCAUCUAAACGAGAUCCGAGAGAAGUACAUGUUCAGCAUCACCCCCUUCUCCCCGCUGGGACCCCUCCCCGAGAAGUCCGAUGGAGGGGGCGGGGCUGGAGGUGGCAGUAAGCGCAGAGGGGGUAAGAAGGAAGGAGGGAAGAGUGACGAGGAGGCUGAUAUGGAUGAGGAUGAGAUGAUGGUGACGUGUUUCACAAGUCUGUUCCCGAUGCCGACGUCGCCGGCCAAGGGACGGCUAGAAGCAGGUGAUAAAUUUGAGCAGUCAUCAGCGAGUCCCAGUGAUAUAACCCGCGCCAGUCCAGGGGCUUACGGAGCUAGUAGCAGUGAAGAUUCGUCGGGUCAGCGAUUGUCAACAUCGAUAUUAGAAAGGAUGAAUAUGGAUAUCUAUGCAUUAAAGAAACAGUACUGGAGAAUACAGAGGCGCCAACAAAAGGCCCAUGUCAUCUAUGGCUCUGGGAACAAGGAAGAUGAUAGAGGACGAAGACACAAGGAACCCAAGAGAUCCUUCUCUACAAGUUUAGAUUCUCCGUCUGCGAUUAAUCACCUACUCAUAGGAAAACAUGGUCUUGGUAAGAAGAAUAGGAAAAGCUCCGUUGGUACAGUAUUCAAAAACUCUGAUCGAGAUACUCCCACCACAAGUCGAGCAGUGUCCCAGGAGGACGUCCAUUCUGCAAGAGAAUCCAACGGUGACGGAGAAGAGUCUAAGAUGGAGAGACUUGAGACGAGACGUCUCAGCGGGAACGAGAGAGACUCUGAAGAUGAUGACAUUGAAGAUAAAGAUAGCGAAGAAUCAAACGUUGAGCCACCGGUGGGGUUGCUGAUUGACUUUGGAAGUCCCAAACACGCCUGUAGCACCAAGCAUACUGAAAAUCAUACGGUAGAUGAAUCGCCUCAAAACCCAGCUCACAACCUGACUCAAAACCCAGCUCAAAACUCUUCUCAAAACCCGUCUCAAAACCCGACUCAAAACCCGGCUCAAAACCUGACUCAAAACCCGACUCAAAACCCGACUGAGGUUAAGACACCGAAGCAGAACGGUUCAAAUAAACUCAAGGAUAGUUUUCCCGAUGACCAUCAUAAGGGUGUAUCAGGUACUGAGUGCAGGCAAGGUACCAGUGAUCUACAAACCCCCUCAGCUACUAAAACCAAAGAGACAGUCAGCCCACUCGUCCAGGAACGGAAGUUCAACUUUGCCGUUGAGGCUUACCGGCCGGGUUUUGCGCAGCACGCUGUCGAAGGGGCCGGUAACCCGAAAAUGUAUGGACAGUCAAAUGCGUAUAGACCAUGGCUAAGUACCGACUACCCAAACUCAGACAGUGACGAUGAUAAUGAUGAUGAGAACAGAUACGAGUACCAGUCAAACGGGGGUGCCACUCCUAGUAAAUCCAGUCAGUCUGCCUAUAAUCCGUUCCCCACCAGACGAUUGAAGAGCGAGAAGGAUAGAACUCGUAGCCGGCUCAAGGUCGGUUUGUAUAAAACGGCGGAGAAGAACUCUGGCGGUAGUACCAGUAAUAACCGCUGCAUCAACCAACAGCUUGGAACUGGUUCCCGAAGCGUCAAAUCUGGAGGACGGUUCUAAAGAAUUUGCUAAAAGGAUUCCGUGUCAAUUUUAAGAAGAUGCAAAUCUGUACAUAUCCGAACAUGUCUAAAAGUAGUAAAAAUUGUUAGAGUCUGAAGAUGUAGCGUAGAGUCGCUUAAAGUAAUGUUCUCUUGGUAGAUUCUGUAAACUAUGCUGUCUGUGUACUCACAAAUUUUGCUCUGAAAAUAAACAUAAUGAACCAAAAUGUCCUGUUCAAAAAUGCACUGACCAAUUUUUCUCGUUAGGCGCAGUCGUGGCAAUAGACAAAGUUAGACAACAGAUUACUCAGUGACAAGUUAAAGCUUAUGUGUAAUUCAAGACUAAAUGGGGGGACAAGCAUUUAUGUAGUAAUGCAAAAGAAGUCUAGCGCCAGGUGCCAAACAUACACAAUUUCCAAUGACGCAGGCCUGGCACUUCAUCUUUGAAAGGGCAAGGCAAUUUUCAUUUUGUGAAGGGCACUUCCAUUGGAAAAUCUUAAAAUCAAAGGAAAACCUUUAAAGGGAAACAAGACCAAGGAAAACAGAGACCAUGGCCUCCGUGGCCUGCCCGUAGUCCCAGGCCUGAUUGACGUGUGUGUGCAAGGAAACCAGUCUUUGCCGAUCGGGAGGUUGCAGUACAUGAGUCAGUUUGAAUCCUUUAUUUUAGCAGAGGAUACCACCCAACAAGUUAGUAGAUGUCAAAUUUGCAACAGGGAUGAAGCAUUUUGUUUUGGUUUUACUCAUUUACACCGAUGUGUGUUAG